AUGAGACUAGGACCUGGCACUGCAGCACUCAGUCUGCUUUUACCAAGCGUAGCAGCUUGGGGCAGACUGGGCCAUAUCACCGUCGCCUACAUUGCCACCAACUUUGUCAAGGAGGAAACGGCCUCUUAUUUUAAGGACCUUCUGGGCAACGAUACGGAGCACUAUCUCGCCGGCGUGGCAACGUGGGCAGAUAAUAUUCGCUCCGAGGAUUGGGCCCGCUUUACUGAGACCUUCCAUUUCAUCGACGCAAAGGACUCACCUCCCAAGUAUUGCGGCGUUGAUUUUACGAGAGAUUGCAAAGCGCAUGGAUGCGUUGUCAGCGCUAUCCAAAACUAUACAUCCCAGCUUCUGGAUAACGACCUAGACGCCUCGCAACGCAAUGAGGCCGCCAAGUUCAUUAUCCAUUUUAUUGGCGAUAUUCACCAACCGCUGCAUACGGAAGACGUUGCCCAAGGUGGAAAUAAAAUUCACGUGAAAUGGGGGCAUUCACAGCCAAAUCUGCACCACGUCUGGGAUACGAGCAUUGCCGAGCAGAUACUAGGUGAUAACCACGAAGGCGACGGGGCUUACACCUGGGCCUCGGAUCUCACCUCUGAGAUUAUAAAAGGAAAGUAUGCAGCAAAAAGCAAAUCAUGGCUAGGUGGCUUACAACUCGAUGAUCCUAUCACUACCUCGAUGAAUUGGGCAAAUGAGACGAACUCUUACGUGUGCACCCAUGUGCUCCCGGAAGGCCCAAGUGCUAUUGUUGGUCAACAGCUGGCUGGCGGAUACGCCAAAAAGGCUGAGCCAGUUAUUGAAAUCCUCAUCGCUCAGGCUGGGUACCGACUGGCUGCAUGGCUGGAUCUUAUUGCUAGUCGUCUGAAUGCAAGUGGUAUCAGGGAGGAUGGGCAAGCCGUCAGUAUACUAGGCGACGAACUCUAA